UUCUCUUCUCCAGCAAUCUAUUCGACGGCUUCCAAACGUCAGUCCAGUCCUUGAACAAAACAAAAACCCGGUUCCACAACUGCCAUGCAAUGAGCAUUCGCCUGCCCUAGUCCUGUCCGCCGCACCCCUCCAAACCCGUUUUCCGUACGACCAACGGCCGUCUUCGUCCCGAGCUACAUUUCCCGAUACCGCUGGGUCGAGGCCUGCUGAGCCAAAGGAACCCAAAAAAAAAUAAAAAAAAGAAUAUUGUUUUGCGCCCACGAUCACACCCAGAUCGCGUCUUCAAGCUCGGACGAACCUUGGCCUAGUGUGGUUCCUUUAAAUAUCAGUUUCAGAAUUUCGGGCUGUCCCGGGCCGCUGGGCUUUCAUCCUUUGCGCAAUCGAGGGUUUCCCCUACCUUAUCGCCAUACAUAUACAUACCAUCCAUACAUAGUUUAUCCCUGCAAUUAUAUUUCCUUUCCCACCGGACCUCUUCCUCCUCCUCCUCCUCCUCCCCGCUUGGGACGCUUAGCUUCUCCCUCCUGACCGGCAAGCAAAGCCAUCCCUUCCCUCCCCCGAACAGGCACAGCUUCGGGGAUCAUAACGACUGGCCCAUUGAGGGAGAAACGUUGGGGUUGGGAUCCGGAUCAGGACAGACGCAACCGCACCGAGAGGAAGUGUGCUUGGGUCUUGACACAUUAAAACUGCGUCAAUUCAGAAAACUAUUGCUGGCAUGGCAGAGACUGCUGCAAACAACUCAGCAGAUGCUCUGUCAUCGCCCGGCAGUGUGAAGGAAAGCCAGCGACCAUGGGAUCAAUCCCCUUCAAAUGGACAAGAUUCCACGAAUCCCGCCCCUUCCAAGCCUCGAACGUCCCACGAUUCUACAGCUCCCCACCCAAAAUACAACUCAAAGAACAGUAUUUCCGACGCCGUGAAUGGAACCCCCGUUUCCGGCACCCUGUCGCGAUCGGGGUCAAGACAGGGCCAUCUCCAGGAUCAGGGUUAUUUAGCAACUCAUCGGGGCGAUACAUCAAGCCGGAUGGACACUGGUCUAGGCCCCGGCGGCAGCGACUCAGACAGUCUAUUGGACCUUUAUGAACAGGAGCCGGCAGAUCGCAGCUCAUCCAGUAUCAUGGAUUCAACGGACCCAAAGCCGGACAAGGGAGGCUACUACCGGCCCCAAGAGCCCGACGACUCGCACUGGAUUCAUCGGGACAAGCUGGCGAAGAUCGAGAGCGAAGAGCUACAGCAAUUCGGUAUCCAAGCUCAAGAUCCUGUGCUGAUGAGACAUAGAUCAGACAGCAAAAGAGGCCGUAGCUACGAGUCCCAGAGUAUUGGAACAAAUGGAAGCGUGGAGCCAAACGAAUCGUUUCCCACCAUCCACGAGGAUAAGAGACAACGGCUUGCUUCACCUAUUCCCAUCGACGACGGUCCGCAGGACGAAGACGUUGGGCCGGCCGUGUUCGAGGACCCACGUCUACCAGAAGAAAUCGCGGCUGAUCCCUAUGAAGAUGGUGGUAGCGCGUCGUCGUCAAGAGUGUACCGCAUGCCUGGUUUGAGGAAGAGCUCGUCUCGGAUUCCGGUUCUCGCUUCGAGCCCUCACCCCAUUCCUCACGAGUACCUGGGCCGCGACUCUCCUCUCCCCAGAACUAGGAACAAUACGGUGACCAGCGGAGAUGAAGAUACCUUGUCGUUUUCAAAAACCCGACGCCUCAGCGAAUCGGCGCCCCGCGUGUUGCAGACCCCAGAGCCGCAGAUCGAGACAACCCCCCCGCAAAGCUCCCAACCCUCCACUGCGAGUCGUCAAUUGCAGAAUUCACCUUCCAAGGCGAAGCACUCUGCCAAAUCGACCCCCGCCACGAGCCGUAAAGCUUCCGGCACCCAAGAUACGCGGAAAAGUUCGGGAACCCACAAGAAAGCGGCCGCCAGCAACGGCAACGGUAGCAUCCAGAAUCAGCGUCCGGGCACAAGAUCCGGAGAGCGUCGGCCCCCAACCGGACUCAAUCGCCCAGAAGGGGAUCCUCCGUGGCUGGCGACUAUGUACAAGCCAGAUCCACGCCUGCCACCAGACCAGCAGAUGCUUCCCACCCACGCGAAAAGGCUCCAGCAAGAGCUCUGGGAAAAGGAGGGCAGGAUACCGUCUACCUACGACAAGGAUUUUGCUCCAUUGGCCAUUCGACGUGAUGAGAAGCCUCCAUCUCCCGUCGCAGAGCCCGAACUGCCAAAGGAAGAAGACCCCUGUCCCAUUGUUUUCGCGCCUCCAUCACUGCCGUCACUACCAUCACCGCCAAAGAGCCCGGAGAUGAGAGACCAUCCCGGGAAAGGUGAUACUGACCGCUCAGGUUACAAAUCAAUACCUUCUCUGAUCCCUAGCGCUACAGAACCGACGUUCACGACGUCCAUCAGUGCGAAACCGGGGCCCAGUCCCAUGCAAGAACAACCCCCUCCCAAAAAGAAGAGCUGCUCUUGCUGCGUUGUUAUGUGA